AGGAAAAACUCUAACGAACACCCAGAACAUGGAAAAUCCCUGGUUCCCAUGCCAAGGAAUCCAGCACAGCAACAAAAAAACACACACAUUCACACUGCAGUGCUGGGAACAGAGGAAUGGGUAGAAGGUAACAAUACAAUUAAUCAGGAUGUUGGAAAACAAGGGCCGUCUAUUGUACUCCACUCACCUCCUCUCUGUUCUACUGUCUAUUGUACUCCACUCACCUCCUCUCUGUUCUACUGUCUAUUGUACUCCACUCACCUCCUCUCUGUUCUACUGUCUAUUGUACUCCACUCACCUCCUCUCUGUUCUACUGUCUAUCGAACUCUACUCACCUCAGUCCUUCUCUCUGUUCUACUGUCAAGCUCACUGUUCCAGCAAAAUAGUAGAGGCAGUACAUUUUACAGUAGAUUAGCUAGUAAGUAGGUAAUGUUAACCGGCAUGAUUGGCGAUAAUAGUAGCCUAUCUGCAUAGAUGGAGCAUACUAGUAUAAUUGUCGGAAUAAUCAUGCACUUGCCAUUUUUCACGAAGCAGUUGUGACUUAUUCAACAAAUUCCUAUUUCAACCAAUUGCAGAGGUGCAACGAUGCAACGUGUUGUUUAAAUGUUGCCCCGCAUGUCAGCAGUUCCCUUUCCUAUCUGACGCUUGGUACUGCUAUCUUUAGCCUCAGUCUAUUUUCAGAACAGGCGGGACGCCAUGCCACUCUGCACCGCUCUGACAUACUUCUAUUGACUUUCGUCUCUGUGAAAAACGUCAGAGAUUUUGUCACAUUUUUAGACAUGCAUUACCGCUGAAGCGUGCUACAGGCUUUUUGGGAGAAAACUCUGAAAAUGAAAUGGAUGCGUGUCCAAGCUCAGGACACGAUCAGAGCACCGUAGCCCGGAGUGUCAGCCCAGGGCCAGGACAGCUGGAGCUGCUCACAGGCCCAAUGAGGGUGAGGGUGGAGGAAAGCCUGUUCACCGUGGAACGCACCCUGCUGUGGCAGAGCAGCGAGUACUUCUGUGCCCUCUUCCGCUCCGGCAUGAAGGAUUGCCAACAAGACGAGCUGUAUCUUAAAGGGGGAGUGCGUGCAAAGGGUUUCCUCAUUGCUUUGUCUGUAUGCAGGGGUGAAACACCUGACAUCAGGGACCCGGAUGAACUUGUGGAAGCCGUCGAGUGUGCCGCCUUCCUGCAGGUGGCUCCCUUGGUACGACACCUGUGUGAUCUCGUCGACUCGGACAACUGCCUCCUGCUAUACCACGCUGCAGCGGUCUAUGGCCUGUCGACUCUGUUUCACAGCGCUGCUCUCUUCCUCCGCGAUGCCUACGCUGACCUGAGGGAGGCAGCGGAGAGCGCGCUGCCUGCGGAGCUUCUCAGAUACGCCGAGUCACUGUCCCCGGCCGCGUACGUCGCUCUGGGAACCCACUCCCCGUCCAUGGAACUUUUGCAUGACUCUUUUAGGAAUGUUUGCUACCUGGAUGAGGAAGAGGGGGAGUGGAAGCCACUGACUGACCUCCCGACCCUCUGCAGCACCUCCAUGGCUGGAGUUACAGUCCUGGACAACCGACUUUACAUCGUCGGAGGCGUCUACGGGUAUGGGAAGGACACGGUCGAUUGUAGCUUCUGCUAUGAUCCAGAGAAGGGAGCCUGGUGCAUGCUACCUGGACCCCAGCAACCCCGAUUCGACUUCACCCUCCUGGGUCUCGAGGGGCGACUUUACGCAGUGGGAGGCGAGCACAAGAAAAAGACAAUAUCUUCGGCGGAGGCAUAUGAUGUCGUCAGAGGGGAGUGGACGUCCAUACGGCACGCGCCGAGACCGGUGGCGUCGGCAGCGUGUGCCGUGGCGAGACGGCGGAUGUUUGUGUGUUUCUGGAAGCCGCCCGAGACGACGGAUAUUUAUGAAUACAUUCCGGCGAGAGACGAGUGGACUCUCGUCACCACCAUGAUCAAGCCGCAGAGCUACGGACAUUGUAUGGUGGCCCACAGGGACAAUCUUUAUGUCAUGCGCAACGGGCCCUCAGACGACUUCCUUCGCUGCCUCAUGGAUCGCUAUAAUCUCACCACGGGGCAGUGGACAGCGUUGCCCGGGCAAUACAUCAACAGCAAGGGGGCGCUGUUCACCUCGAUGAUCCGGGGUGACUCUGCAUUUACUGUCAAACACAUGCUGACUCUGGAGUACAGCGUCGCUGGAGACUUGUGGAAACCACGUAAGCAGAUGAAAGGGUUUCCAAAGAGUGGUUCCCUGUGGACGUGUUUGCUGAGGCUACCUAAGACUAGAACAGAGAACUCUUAUGAAGGAAAGAGAGGAUCGCUGACAGAUAAAAGUGAGCAAAUUGAAGAGACUAUCUUGGGACUGUGAAUGUACUUACGUGACGGUUAAUAGUAACGCACAAAUGCAGAUAUGAACAGUUAUAACCUCAUUGAGAAACUAAAAGCAAAUCCAGACCUUGAUGAAGACUGACUGAUGGCGUAUAAACAUACAUCGGUCAUACACAACGUUGAAUGGAAUUCAGAAUUCAGAUGGAGCGCUAGGACGAUGAACUCACACACAGUGGCCCAUUAGCCACCACAUGGCCUUUCCAACCAGCUGUUUCUAAUCAGAACCUCCGCACUGUGUGUGUGUGUGUGUACGUGUGUAUGUGUGUGUGUGUGUGUGUGUGUGUGAAGUUCAAAGGCACUGAGGGGACGUCCAUACCCCAUCCUCCUGUCUGUCUGUGGUCUCCCCUGCUUCUUUCACGCUGAGCGAAACAGAAGCCACCUAGCCGCCGGUCAACAUGAAACUCCAACACACAUACGUUUCCCCACUCGUUUCCUUCUUUUAUCACUCCAAGUGGGAUUAAAUACCUGUUGCUGUGGGUGAUUAUAGCACGUAUUAAAUCUCAAGGAGCAGCAGCAUCUGGGAUUUACGACUGUGGGAAUGUAGGUUGAUUUUUGCGGCUUUUGAAAAUACACUGCUACUAUUGAAUAUGAGGAAAACUCCAAGAGAGAUGUGAUACCAUGGAAAUGAUACUGACUAAUGAUAGGGGAAUCAUAGGUUUAUUACAUAUACGAAAGUAAGAAGAGUUAUUAUUGAGCUUUGUGGCAUAUGUUUUUGGAUGAAUACUAUGUGGUCGUUGGAUUUGAUGCUGUGAAUCUGAACAUUACUCACUGUCCUGGGUGGAGGCAAGUCUGGAAGGCUCUUUUG